AUGGUACGGGAAGGAACCUUAACUCCGAGAGGUAUUGGUGAAACUCAUAGUAUGGCAAAUUUAGAGGAGCUAUUCAUGCAUAAUUCAUUUGAUAGUUUCCAUGGCAUUAACCAAAGCGAGUAUGGAUUAUGGGAAAAUCGGAGAUCACUUAGAACCCGACCUAUCACCUCAU